ACGGGGCGGGGCGGGGCGCGGUGGGGCGAGGCCCCGCCCCCCGGACGCGCCCUGGUGCGUAGCUGGGGGAGCCCCAGAAAGCCUCGCUCGGCGAUGCGAAGCCGGAGGACCGAGCAGGGAAGCGGCGCGGUGGCCCUCCUCCUGGGGACUGGCGCUUCUGCCGUCCGGCCCCGCCGCCUCUCAGUUUAAAGAAGCCGCUUCCCUGCGGCCGCGCAUCCGUCCCCUGAGCCCAGCCCGCCCCUGCGCGGCCGACGCCCGUCCGGCUCCGGCUCCGGCUCCAGCUCCGCCCCCGACGUGCCCCCGCGCCCCGCGCGCUGCGCGCCGCGCCCCCCGCCCAGUUGCCGAGGGCCUGGAGCCACUGGCCGGCAGGAGCGACCCUCAGCGGCGCUGUCCCCUCCGCGGUUCGCCGCCAUGGACGUGUACCCCACGCACCGGCUGGGGCUGCCUCGCGCUCGGGCCCCCGGCUCCCCGGGCCGCGGGCCGCCCUCCGUCAGCUGUAGCCGGCUCCGCCAGGUCCAAAACAUCCUUACCCAGAGCAGCAAGUCUCAUCCUGAUGGGAUCCUCUGCAUCCUAGGAAUCGACAGCAGGUAUAAUGAAGGCUGCAGAGAGUUGGCCAAUUAUCUCCUCUUUGGUUUAUACAAUCAGAAUACCGGUGACUUUGAGAAAACAGGGUUUUCUGAAGAAGUUCUAGAUGAUGUAAUUAUAUUGAUCAAAUCAGACAGUGUCCAUCUGUACUGUAAUCCUGUGAACUAUCGCUAUCUUUUACCCUAUGUGGCACAUUGGAGAAAUCUACAUUUCCACUGCAUGACCGAAAAUGAGUAUGAAGAUGAGGAAGCUGCAGAAGAAUUUAAAAUUUCCAGCUUUGUGGACAUGACUCGAGAUUGCAGCAGAAUUGGUAUUCCUUAUAGCUCCCAAGGUCACUUGCAGAUAUUUGAUAUGUUUGUAGUGGAGAAAUGGCCAAUUGUACAGGCUUUUGCACUUGAGGGCAUUGGAGGGGAUGGAUUUUUCACCAUGAAAUAUGAGUUGCAGGAUGUGAGUUUGAACCUGUGGAAUGUGUACAGCAAGAUGGAUCCUAUGUCUCUGGAGAGUCUGCUGUCAGAAGAUCUUGUGACUUUUGAACAUCAGUGGUCUAGCUUCUUUGCUAAUUUUGACACAGAAAUUCCUUUCCUGCUGGAACUUUCUGAAUCUCAGGCUGGUGAGCCAUUCAGAAGUUACUUCAGUCAUGGGAUGAUCUCCAGCCAUAUAACUGAAAACAGCCCAAGUAAGCAGCCAUUCGUCCUCUUUGGUAAUCACUCCACACAAGAAAACCUGAAUGCUGGCAACUUUAACUUCCCCUCUGAAGGGCACCUGGUACGCAACACUGGUCCCCGUGGGAGCUUUGCCAAGCACAUGGUAGUACAGUGUGUCUCACCAAGGGGUCCUCUUGCUUGUUCAAGAACAUACUUUUUUGGAGCUACUCACAUUCCUUACUUGGGUGAUGACAGCAACCCACCCAAGAAAACUGAACAAAUUAGGCUUUUGUCACAGGUAUAUGCUGCUGUUAUUGAGUCUGUUUUGGCUGGCAUUGCAUGUUAUGCUAAAACUUCCAGUCUAACAAAGGCCAAAGAGACAGCAGAGCAGACUCUGGGAUCUAGUUUAGAUUCCUUUGAGUUGAUGCAGUUUAAGGCAGCCCUGCGCUCUAAAAUGACUUUUCAAAUACAGGCUGUGAACAAUCAUGGAAGAAUCAUGUCUCUGGACAGCGAGGAUAGCUUAUACUUUGUGAAAACGGCUAGUAUGACCAUCUAUGAUAUUCCUGACUUCUUGGGAGGAAAGGGAAACUUAGGAUCUGUGGUCUUCUCAGAAUCAUUUUUGACAUCUCGGAUCCUGGUUAAAGAAAAAAAUGGCACUGUUACUACAGAAACCAGCUUCAUAGUCCUGACAGCCGCCAUACCCAGAUUCUGCUCCUGGCUGGUAGAAGACAAUGAAGUAAAAUUAUCUGAGAAAACCCAGCAAGUAGUGAAGGGAGAUGAGUGUUUCCUGGGUACUUUUCUAACAGAAGGAGAAGGAGCGUAUCUUUAUUCCAGCGACCCACAGUCAUGGCCUCAAGAAGGGAAAGUGCAUUUCUUCUCUAAUGGCCUUCUGUUUUCCCAUCAUCAUCACGGAAGUAUCAUCAUUUCCAAAGAUCACAUGAAUUUUGUUUCAUUCUAUGAUGGGGAUUCCACCAGUGUUGUUGCUGCCCUUGUGAUAGAAUACAAAAGUUCGCUGCUUCCUCAUCUUCCAGUUCAUUUCCAUGGAUCAAACCAUUUUCUGAUGAUUGCCCUUUUUCCCAAGUCAAAAAUAUAUCAAGCAUUUUACUCAAAGGUCUUCUCCCCGUGGCAACAGCAGGCUAACUCAGGGCUCUCUUUAAAAGUGAUCCAGGAAGAUGGAUUAUCUGUGGAACAAAAGAGAUUACACUCCAGUGCACAGAAGCUCUUCAGUGCCCUGAACCAUUCUGCUGUGGAGAAAUGGAGUCCUCUAAAGCUUCUCUCCGCCAAACUCCCAGAGCUGGACUGGUUUCUCCAGCAUUUUGCAGUUAGCAGCAUUAGUCAGGAACCUGUGAUGAGAAACCAUCUCUCUGUCGUGCUUCAGCAAACUGAAAUCAACCCUACUCACAGGGUAGAAAAUGACAAGGUAAUUAUCAGCAUCGUAACUGGCCUACCAGGCUGUCAUGCUAGUGCACUCUGUGCUUUUCUGGUCACACUGCAUAAAGAAUAUGGCAGGUGGAUGGUGUACCGCCAAAUCAUGGACAGCUCUGAGUGUUUUCAUGCUGCCCACUUCCAGAGAUACCUUUCCAGUGCUUUGGAGGCCCAGAAGAACCUCUCUGCCCGCCAGUCAGCCUAUAUCCGUAAGAAGACCAGACUGCUGGUGGUAUUACAAGGCUACACAGAUGUUAUUGAUGUUGUCCAGGCCCUGCAGACACAUCCAGACUCAAAUGUCAAGUCCUCCUUCACUAUUGGUGCUGUCACAGUAUGUGUGGAGCCCAGCAGCUGCUACAUGGAACAUAGAUUUCUGUUCCCCAAAUGUCUUGACCAGUGUUCACAAGGCCUUGUGAAUAAUGUAGUCUUCACCAGCCACACCACAGAGCAGAGACACCCUCUCCUUGUUCAGGUGCAGAGCCUCAUCAGGGCUGCCAAUCCUGCCGCAGCCUUCAUUCUUGCAGAAAAUGGUAUCGUCACCAGGAAUGAAGACAUUGAUCUUAUUCUCUCAGAAAAUAGUUUUUCAAGUCCUCAGAUGCUACAAUCUCGAUAUUUAUUGUACCCUGGCUGGUAUGAAGGAAAAUUUGAUGCUGGAUCAGUCCUCCCUCUAAUGGUACAGAUCUGUGUAUGGUUUGGCCGGCCCUUGGAGAGGACUCGCUUUAUAGCCAAGUGUAAAGCAAUCCAGUCCUCCAUCAAGCCAAGUCCCUUCUGUGGAAACAUCUACCAUAUCCUAGGCAAAGUGAAGUUUUCAGACUCUGAAAGGACCAUGGAAGUCUGCCACAACACUCUGACCAAUUCUCUGAGCAUUAUGCCAGUUCUGGAGGGACCCAUGCCACCACCUGACUCCAGAAGCACAACUCAAGACAGCAGUGGCCAACAGGAGUCCUACCUUGUGUUUAUUGGCUGCUCCCUAAAAGAAGAAAGCAUCAAGGACUGGCUGCGGCAGUCAGCGAAGCAGAAGCCUCAGAGAAAAGCCCUGAAGACCAGGGGGAUGCUGACCCAGCAGGAGAUCAGGAACAUUCAUGUGAAACGUCAUCUGGACCCCUUACCUGCAGGUUACUUUUAUAAUGGCACCCAGUUUGUCAACUUCUUUGGUGACAAGACUGAUUUUCACCCACUCAUGGACCAGUUCAUGAAUGACUACGUGGAAGAAGCCAACCGUGAAAUUGAGAAGUAUAACCGUGAACUGGAGCAGCAGGAGUAUCAUGACCUCUUUGAGCAGAAGCCCUAGAGGAAGGCUAGAGAAUGUCCACCCUGGAGAUGGACAAAAUGGGUGUCUUAACCCCCUGGAGGGGCUGUCAUUUGUUCUCCUUGGCCUUUGUGUGCUGGCUCUCGAGUGCAUGUUGUCUUUAUUCUUUAUACAGCGCUGAAGAACACCACUGAUUGGGGUGGGAAGACCCUCACAGAGGAUGAGUAGACAAGGACUGCCAUGCAUGUACAGCUGACUGUGCAGGACCCCUGGAUCUCCCAUAUACCCAUAUCUCCUAUGUGCUGCUGAAGCAUUUGGCUUGCACAGAGGUGCUGCUGGGACAUAGAAGAAACCUGAAUGGGACAUAGAGGAAACUGGCUGCCCCUUAGGGAAUAGGCCAUCACAGGCCUCAACCCUCAGACUCUCUCAGAGAUUUCUAGCAGAGUCCCUGCCUCUCUGCUCAGGCCCCUUCCAUUGAAAGAGCUAGCCCUGCUGAGCCUGGGCCCCAUCCAGACAUGGGGAGCAGCACAAGUCCACCCCACAGAGCCAGCAACUUGAGCGGAGGUCAGCAGCUUCUUCUAAAAUGAGGGCAGUUCUCUCUUAGAGUAAACAGGGCAAAGUCAUAUUGCUUUCUAGAAGUAUGUAGCAUUUGAACAGUCUGAAGCAGUCUUCUUUGAGUUGAAUUUGAGCUUCCCUCAUGGCAUCACUCCAGUCUGUCUAGUUCAGAGAUAAGCACAAACUGCUGCUCAAACCUCCCAGAGGAUGCUUUGCCUCAGUAGGGCAGGCAGGAUGGGGGGUAUUCUGCAAUUGCUUAGUCUUAGACCCAGGGCUCCCAUCACUUACGGGAUAUCCUUGAAGAGGGUUAUUCCCUAGACUCAGCAUUCCCUUCUGCCUGGCCAGGGAGGACCUGGCUUUCAGCCCCAAAUUUCAGGAACCCAUGUCUCCAUGUACCAUUUGCCCUGAAUUUGUUUGGUAUCCAAGGCCAGGAAUGUCAAAGAAUUCCGAUAUCCAAGUGAAAAAUCCUUCCAGUGACUUUGUAGUCAGCUGGAUGAUAAAACAAUGGAAUGAAUGACAGGCACGCCCUCAUGCCUGACAGUCAGAAUUCAUGCGGUGCAGGGGGAGAACAAGCACUGAUCUUUAGAUGGUGUGUAUUAGGUCUUCAGCACCUCAGCUGCCUAUCUGUAAAUACUUUCUGAAUUUCUUUCUUUCUUUCUUUCUUUUUGCAUGCCUUAGGAAGAAGAACAUAGAUGAAACCAGCAGUUUCUAGUAAUGGCGCAGGGGUGGGUGCUGGAGAAGGGUCACUAGCAUAGAGGAGAGAGGAAGGAUAGAGCACAUGUGGUCUGUGUGCCUGGCUACACAAGAGGCCUGCAUGCAAGAAACAAAGCAGUGGUUAAGAGCUUGUUAACAAAAUGUACUUGUAUUGAAAGAAAGGAAGAAAAUUAUAUCUGAAGCCAAAUGAACAAAAGUCCACAUACCAUUGAGUACAAAAUCUUGCAUGAAGAAAGUCUUCUUUAAAAGCACCUGUGCUCCAUUCCCAGCUCCUAACUGCUAGUGACAAAGGCCUAUGGAGCUCAAGUCUAGGAGCACCUCACUUCUGGCUGGCCACAGAGGCUAGGGUUCAUAAUAGGCCUGCCUCUACUUCUGAAUCAGUAACAUAGAUCUUAAGUGCAAUUGAUUAAAUAAGAAUGAGUUAUUGUAGCUUCCUUUAGCUCUACAGAGCUCUUUUUAAAAACUCAAGCUUGAGCAGCCUUAGAAAAGGGAGAGGGUGGGUGGGUGGGUCGGGAGAGGGGGAACAAUAGGCCAUUUCCUCCAGGUUGCUGUGAAGUUUAAAGUGAACGCUCUAGAUCUUGGAGCUUGAGCCAUUUCCAGGCUGCUAUACAAGAGUUUUUAAAGAGGGGUCAGAGCCCGCCCAUAAAUGCGGGUCUUCCCACUGCGUGGGGCUGAACUACGUAGUGGUCUAGGUUUCUGACAUUUUCUUUUUUCCCCAUAGAAAUGCUCUCUCACCAACUUGUCCCAUGGUCCCACUUCCUUCUCUUAAGAGGGAAAACUGUGAUUACCUCAACUUGAAUAUGAAACUGUGAUUGAAAAACAGUCAAAAUGUUAAGUUUAAAAGCCAAAAAGGCAAAACUGGCUGAGCCUCUUGAAGAUACCCCUCAGCCUGCUCAGGAGUGUGAAGAGGCACAUUGGUGAAAGGGCAUUCCUCAGGGCGCACUUACCGUGCCCCCGGAAAGAAACGCACUAGCAAGCACAUGCAGUGUGAGCUUUUGGAGGACUGAGGCCAGAAUUCUGGCAGCUGCCUCCCCACACUGGCCCAAACCUGAGGGAGCCCUGGGUUCAGACUGAAGUUUAGUAUCCACUUGAUUCCUCCAGUGCUCCAGAUGGAGGGACAGACUUUUAGGCUGUCUACUCAGGGAGCAUCAUGACACUGUGUUUUAGAUUUGACCUUAGAAGUGGAUAUACCAGGGACCAGGCAGUGACUGGGUGUGGGUUUAAAGAGACAGGCAAAAGUCCUCCAGGGGCUGACACACUUUUUUGCCAACUUUCCUAUUAAUUAGCAGCUUCAGUUUUGUAUCACCCAGAGUGAGUGUGAUAAUGUUGAAGUCGCUGAAGUUAUAGGUUCUUUUACAUUUUGAUGUGGGAUUUCUCCCUCCCCCCACCCUUUUUUUAACAGAAGGAGGAGGCAGAAAUUGGAGAAAAGGGAUUAUCCUAGUAAGGGGCCACCUGUGAGAGGUUGUGUUGGUCCCUUUGAGCCCUGGAGGCUCUGUGACCUGAGGUCUGGGCAUUCAGUCCUGCAGGUUGCAAGGAAAAAUUUCCUCCUAAAUUCGGUUAGGAUUUUGGAGAAUUUUUGCACAGUAAUAAGCUCUGGGUUGCUCUUUGAGCUUCUCAAAAGGGAAAAGUUAGCUCAAAGAUUGUAAACAGUAUAUUAAGUAUUUCAGCUGUGUUGCUGACCUAGUUGGAUAGUUGUACCUCAAAAAGUAGGUGAGAAAUGACUUCAGUGUCCCAGGUUAUCAAUUACUAAUGACAUAAGAGCUCACUUACGUGCCAAAAUUCACUUUUACACUAGUUUGUCAGUGCUUUAAUAUUUGUAACUUAAAAUUUAAAACUAUUUUACAAACACUACUGUAACUUCAGUGAAACUGAAUUGUGUGAUUGAAGCUUUUUUGCUUAUUAUAGUAUUUAUUACACUACUUAAUUUAGUAAACAUAUAAAAGUAGUCUUCAAUUUAUUUUUCUAUUAUUUUACAUGUUUUUACCUACAGUUGUGUACGUGAAUUUACCUUGGUCACUCAGAUGUACUACUAAGGACCAAUAAACUCUCAGCAAACUGC